GGUGUUCGUUAUGUGCUAAAGAGAGGAUAAAAGACAAGACGACGGAGCACCAAUGAUUAGUGUUUGCUAAAAACCUACCAAACUCAAUCAAGAGUUUUGAUCAUUGAGGCUGAUAGCAGGAAAUUACAGUGAGUAACUGAGGAUGAAGCUACUUAUUCUUCUUCUGAUUUUAUUGAUGUUAAUAUUAUCCCCAAUAAAUUCCGAAUCAAGGCUCGUCAAAUAUCUACCUGGUUUUCCCGGAAAUCUUCCUUUCAAGCUUCAUACUGGAUAUGUUGGAGUGGGGAAGGGGGAGGAGGUGCAGCUAUUUUACUACUUUAUUGAGUCCGAGCGAGACCCAGAAACCGAUCCACUUUUGCUUUGGCUCACUGGAGGACCUGGUUGCACUUCCCUGUCUGCAAUUUAUUUUGAACAUAUUGGUCCAUUGUCUUUCAACUAUACAGGAGUAUAUUUCAACCGUACUACAUCUACUUGGGAGACUGAUCUACCAGCUCUUCAAUUAAAUCCUUACUCUUGGACCAAGGUUUCCAACAUACUAUUUCUGGAAUCACCUGUUGGCACUGGAUUCUCUUAUGCAACAAAUGCUGAAUCUUACUAUACUACGGAUAUAAAAUCAUCAAAACAGAUAUACGAGUUUAUACAAAAGUUUCUUAUGGAGCAUCCUCAAUUUGCAAAAAAUCCUCUCUAUGUUGGUGGUAGCUCGUAUUGUGGACUUAUCGUCCCUUUCAUCACGCAAGACAUUGUAAAUGGGAACGAAGGUGAAACUGGUUCACAUAUCAAUAUUAAGGGUUAUGUUCUCGGAAGUCCUCUGACAGAUCCAUUUGACACUGAUAGAAUCGGGAAAAUCAAAUUUGUUCAUCGUGUAUCCCUAUUAUCUGAUGAUCUGUAUGAGUCAACCAAAGUGAGCUGCGGUGCCCCAUACUGGAACGUUAGCAGUGCAGAGUGCGAAAAUAACGUUCAAGCUGUACUUGAUUUUGUUGCUCCACUUAACGAUGAAAAUAUGUUGGAGCCUAAAUGUGACAAUUCUUUCCCGAGUAUUUGGUGUAGGAAAAAUUAUAAUUUGAUCAUCGACAAUUGGGCUAAUAAUCCUCAAGUCCGAGAAGCACUUAAUGUUCGGGAGGGAACAGUGGGUCAUUGGACUCGAUGCAACCAAACAUUGAAGACUCAAUCUUACAUGACAACAAUGAUAAGCAGCUUUGGUUAUCAUCAAUAUCUUACAAACAGGCCUAUCAGGGCACUCAUAUACGGUUUGAUCAACAGUGGUGAUCAAGAGCUGAGUGCUACAUAUGUCGGCAUACUGAGAUGGAUCAAGAGGCUUGACGUGGUAAUUGAUGAUGAUUGGAGGCCAUGGUUCGUGAAUGACCUAGUUGCUGGAUAUGUUACAAAGUAUUCAAAUGGUCACUACAAUUUGACAUUUACCACAGUUAAGGGAGCAGGACAUUGCCCUUCAGAGUAUAAGCCUCAAGAAAGUUUAGCCAUGUUUCAAAGAUGGCUUGCACAUUCUUCUCUCUAGCGAGGAUGAUUCAAUCAGUCGAGUCUGAUUAACAAAAGAAUAUGCUGGUUUGUUUAUAUUUGCAUCAUUCAAUCAUUCGAAAACCCUGUGUCAAUCUAUCUUCUACUGUAUACGAAUCAUAGGACCUUAAUUAGACUAUGAAUUCCAACAGGUCACCAUGUUAUUGUUUCUCAAAUGACCACAGGCCAAGAUAAUGUAUAUGAUCAUAAUUCAUGAACAUAAUUCUGCAUUUCCCCUUUUUUA